ACACGCCCCAUGAAAAGUGUUUCAAAGUAACACAAAUCUGUUCUGAGAAAGGUCUAUACACAGUAAGGAAGCCCAAAGAGGCAUAUUUGCUUGGCGAUGCCCAGCAGAUAAGCCUGGCAAACCUUGCUGUGAUUGAAGAAGCCAAUUUGAGGCUCAGCCUAGUCCAGGCAAGCUACUGGCACCUGCUGCUCUCCACACAAUGGUGUUCGCAUUUUGGAAGGUCUUUCUGGUCCUAAGCUGCCUUACAGGUCAGGUUAGCGUGGUGCAGGUGACCAUCCCACACAGUUUCGUGAAUGUGACUGUUGGAUCUAAUGUCACUCUUGUCUGCAUCUACACCACCACUGUGGCCUCCCGAAACCAUCUUUCCAUCCAGUGGUCUUUCUACCAUAAGAAGGAGAUGGAGCCAACUUCCAUUUACUUUUCUCAAGGUGGACAAGCUGUUGACAUCGGGCAAUUUAAAGAUCGAAUUAUAGGGUCCAACGAUCCAGGUAACGCAUCUAUCACUAUCUCACAUAUACAGCCAGCAGACAGUGGAAUUUACAUCUGCGAUGUUAACAACCCUCCAGACUUUUUCGGCCAAAACCAAGGUGUCCUCAACGUCACUGUGUUAGUGAAACCUUCUAAGCCCCUUUGUAGCAUUCAAGGAAGACCAGAAACUGGCCACACUAUUUCCCUUUCCUGUCUCUCUGCACUUGGAACACCUUCCCCUGUGUACUACUGGCAUAAACUUGAGGGAAAAGACAUCGUGCCAGUGAAAGAAAACUUCAACCCAGCCACCGGAAUUUUGGUCAUUGGAAAUCUGACAAAUUUUGAACAAGGUUAUUACCAGUGUACUGCCAUCAACAGACUUGGCAAUAGUUCCUGCGUAAUUGAUCUCACUUCUUCACAUCCAGAAGUUGGAGUCAUUGUUGGGGCCCUGAUUGGAAGCCUGGUAGGUGCGGCCAUCAUCAUCUCUGUUGUGUGCUUUGCAAGGAAUAAGGCAAAAGCAAAGGCAAAAGAAAGGAAGACAAAUUCUAAGACCAUCGCGGAACUUGAACCAAUGACAAAUAUAAACACCAGGGAAGAAAGGGAAACAAUGUCAACAGAAGAUGCUACCCAACUAGAAGCAACUCUACCACCUUCCAUUCAUCAGCCUGGCCCUGAUACCAUCCAAGAACCAGACUAUGAGCCAAAGCCUACUCAGGAGCCUGCCGCAGGACCAGAGCCUAAGGCAGUGCCUAACCUUGACAUCGAGCUGGAGCUGGAGCCAGAGCCAGAUCUGCAGUCAGCAUUGGAGCCAGAGCCCGAGCCAGAGCCAGAGCCUGAGGCUGUAGUUGAGCCCUUAAGUGAAGAUGAAAAGGGAGUGGUUAAGGCAUAGGCUAGUGGCCUAAGUACAGCAUUAAUCAUUAAGGAACACAUUACUUACCCAUUACUGCCGUUUAGAAUUCAGACAACCUAACCAACCGCCACCUCCUCCCUCCAUUUUGACCAACCUUCUUCUAACAAGGUGCUCAUUCCUACUAUGAAUCCAGAAUAAACAUGCCAAGAUAACUACUAAAUCAGUGCAAGUGUUCCUGCAUUACUAAUGUAGAGUACUCAGAAUUUUACUAACAUGUAAGCAUAACAAAUGACAAGGCAAGUGAUUUCUAACUUAGUUGAGUUUUGCAGCAGUACCUGUGUUAUUUCAGAAAAUCUUAUUUCUCUCUCUCUCUUUUUUUUGAGAUGGAGUCUCACUCUGUCACCCAGGCUGGAGUGCAGUGGCACAAUCUUGGCUCGCUGUAACCUCCACCUCCCUGGUGCAAGUGAUUCUCCUGCCUCAGCCUCCUGAGUAGCUGGGACUACAGGCACAUGGCACAACACCCAGCUAAUUUUUUGUAUUUGUAGUAGAGACGGGGUUUCACCAUGUUAGCCAGUAUGGUCUUAAUCUCCUGACCUCGUGAUCUGCCUCCCUGGGCCUCCCAAAGUGCUGGGAUUAUAGGUGUAAGCCACCGUGCCCAGCCUCUUUUUAGCUACUCUUAUGUUCCACAUGCACAUAUGAAAAGGUGGCAUUAAUUAGAUUCAAUAUUAUUUCUAGGAAUAGUUCCCCAUUCAUUUUUAUAUUGAGCACUAAGAAAAUAAUUCAUCACCAUUAUCUCAUAGAUUGGAAAAUUUUCUCCCAAUAAAAUAGAGAAGAAUAUGUAAAGGAUAUGUCUUAAUUGGUACAUAGCAUUUCCAAUCAGGUCUUAUAAUUAAUAUUUCAUUUCCCAUAUUAGAUUUUUCAAGAAGUCACGCUGGUAUCAAAUAUCUGAGCAUGGCAAACUUAAAAAUUAACACAGUUUCACACAUAUAAUCCUGGCAUUUUGGGAGGCUGAUGUGGGUGGAUCACCUGAGGUCAGGAGUUUGAGACCAGCCUGGCCAACGUGGCGAAACCCUGUCUCUAUUAUAAAUACAAAAAUUAGCUGGGCAUGGUAGCACAUGCCUGUAAUCCCGGCUACUCAGGAGACUGAGACAGGAGAAUGGCUUGAACUGGGAGGUGGAGGUUGCAGUGAGCCAAGAUUGCACCACUAUACUCAAACCUAGGUGACAUAGUAAGACUCCAUCUCAAAACACCACCACCACACACACAACUUUAAAUGUCAAAUAAUGUACCAGCAAACAUUUUCAAAUAUAAUUUCCUUCAGUGAACACAAAAUGUUGAUAUCACAGGUAAUGUACAAUUUAGUUUUGAAUGAGUUACAUUAUCACUGUGUCUGGUGUUACCUGCUUUGAAAGGCAGACGAGAAAAGUGUUCUAAAUGAACACUUAAUGAUCUAUUUUAGAUAAUUUCAACUAAUAAUUUAAAUAAUCUGUUUAACUGCUGGUAUAUUUCACAUUAAUAAAGUGAUACCAAUCUUGUAGGAAUGCUAAAUAUUACUAAAAUGCACUGAUAUCACUUCUUCUUCUCCUAUUAAAAACCUUUUUCAUGAUCAUAUUUCUCUCACAUUUCACCUAGAAGAAACUUAUAGGUAGAAUUACCUUUUCACUUGUGGAAUCAAUUAUAUUUUAAAUCUUACUUUAAGGCUCAAUAAAUAAUAUUCAAUAACAUCUCAUUGACAGUAACUUAAUAAAAAACUUUCUUGACAUUGCAUUUAUGUAUAAUAAACCACACAUUAAAAGUGUA